ACGACCAAGGCCCGCCGCUCCUAACCGAAGUGAAGGCGCCGAGCCUCCUGUAGAGGAAGCGGGGCGCACGGGGGAAGGCAGGGUUCGCCAGCGAGCACCCGAGAGCUGGGGGCUCGGAUUCUGUGGCUGAGUUCCGGAUAGUUUCUGUUCCCGGCUGCCCUCACACGCACAAGGAGGCGGCGGCGGCAGCAUUAGCUGCAGCCGCCCAAGGCAGCUCUGGCUCCAGGGAACAGCGCGGGCGCAGCGUUCUAGCUAGCCCUGGAGACCAAUUAGACUGCUAGAGGAACGAGAAGAAGGGGGGAGGGCUGGCCUUUCAGCGCCCGGGGUUGAUGCCCGCCGCACAGGAUGGAUCAAGCCUGCGAAGUGAGCAGGAGGGGUUGCCUGCCCCCUUGCGCCAGCCCUUUGGCGUUAGAUGUGCCGGAGAACGGGGACGGCCCUUUUGGGGGGGAGGGUCAUAGCCGAAGCCCCGAGCCACCUAAUGGGUGCUGCAUGCAGUCUAAGGCUGCCUAUGGCCAAGACCCUUCCUCCUGCUACAUCCCGCUGCGCAGGCUGCAGGAUUUGGCCUCCAUGAUCAAUGCUGAAUAUUUAAAUGGCUCAAAAGAUGGCUCUGAUUGUUUGCAGGAAGUUGAAAGGAGCGACUCCAGCCUGGAACCCCCUGAGCUCUGCAAUUCUUCAGUGUUAGCAGACCAAGAAGAAUUCACCCAUCAGGACUCUGCAAAACUUCUGGAUUUUGAUUCCCUCACUACUUGCUUGGCGGAAGACAAGGAGGUGGAUUCUGAAACAUCAUUCUUAACAGCAGAAGAAAACUCAGAGGAAGAAAUCAAGUUUAUGAUGGAGAAUAGAGGCACAGGUAUCUGCAGAGAGGAGGUAGAGCCUGAGAAUGGGACAGAACUGAUUCAAGAGAUCCAAGAAGGAGGCUCCAUAGAAAUUAGACACAAUGAGACAAUGUCUGCCCUAUUACCAGUCCCCUUUCCUCCAGAGCAAAUACAAACUAACACUUGCAAAGAGUCUGCAGUAGGAAAUAGAACUGAGAAAGUAGACCUACGCCUAGUGUCUUAUUUGCCUGGAGAUACAGAUUUGAAAACAGAAAAACGGUGCAGCAUUACAAAGGUAUCUGAAAAAGAUCCAGAUCAGAGUCCCAUCACAUUAGGAAACUUGAUAGAAAGGCUUGAAACAUCAAUUACUACAAAAUCAUCAUCAACAGGAUUACCAUCUGUAAGCAGUCUUGGGGGUCGAACCAAGAAGAAACCUGCUCCGGUAAAGUAUGAAGCUGGAGAUCUUGUAUGGGCAAAGUUCAACAGACGACCAUGGUGGCCCUGUAAAAUAUGUCAUGAUCCUGUGCUAGAUACUCAUUCAAAAAUGAAAGUGUCCAAUCGCAGACCAUAUCGAGAGUACUAUGUGGAAGCCUUGGGAGACCCAUCUGAAAGAGCCUGGGUUGUAGGAAAAGCUAUUGUAGUCUUUGAAGGAAGACAUCAGUUUGAAGAACUGCCUGUCCUUCGGAGAAGAGGGAAGCAAAAAGAGAAAGGUUACAGGCACAAGGUUCCUAAGAGGUUUGUGACUAAAUGGGAGAUCAGUGUCGGCCUUACCAAUGAUUAUCUUAAGCAGAAUGGUACUCAAAAAUGCAUCCAGACUUCUAGGAAACCGGACAGUGAGAGGGAUGUGCAUUUAAUGGGAUCUUGUUCAAAGGACUCCUUAAAUGAACAGAGCAGACAACUAAAUGGAUGUUUAAAAUCACUAACAUUGGACUCCAGACAUUUGACCCAUGAUAAGGGGAAAGUGUCCACCAAAUCCCGAAUGAAGAAGAGCUCUGACACCCGGAGGAGGACAAGAGUAAGAAAAAGUAGCACCAAGCUGGAAGCUUCAAAGAGAGAGAGUGGGGGAAAAGGGCCAGUAAACAAAGUUAAAAAUCUGAUUGCUACAGAUAUGCCAGAUAAGCAGGCUUCUCAUGAACUUUGCAGAAUAGCAAAGAGCCUGAUGGGAUCCAAAGGCACCAUGGAAAACUACUUGCUCUCUUCUUUUGGAGAAAGACAGUUCGAAAAUAAAUCUAAGAAAGCAGAGUAUGUGAUCUCUAAUAGAGAUUGCCAGCAGGAGACAUCCAAAGUGGACUUGAAGAAAAAGAAAAACCCAGUGGACUUCAAGUGGAGUUCAAAGCUACAGCGGUUCUGUUCCGCAACCGAUGCUGGAGCAGAGAGGAAACCAAUAGAUUCUGAUUCAUUGGAUAAUGGUACCUGUGAUCUAGACCCCUUUGACCAAAGUUUAGCAGCGGCAGCAGCUUAUAAUGUCCUGAAAAAUGCUGAUUCUGUAAAUAAAAGAGGAAAGGAACUGUCUUCAGGACAAAGAAAUUUUAAACAUUCUGCACCUAUCUCAAAAAGCAGCAAUAGAAGUUGUACACCUCCAGAAGGUUCUCUAGACAGGAAUGCCAAUGUUGAAAAAGGAGGUGAGGAAUUCCAUGAGCCAUCCCUUGCAACUGAGGUGGCUUCAGUUUACAAGAAUGACAAUCUUACCAAUAUAGAUAAGCACACUACACUCCAACGUAAAGGGUUUUCAAGUCAAAUGGAUACAAAACAGCCUCAGUCCAGAAGUAUAAAAUGCAAACAUAAAGGAAUUGCUGCUGGGACAGAGUCCUCUCUUAAGGAAGAUGAAUGUAGCCCCGACUGCUGCUUUUCUGCUACCAAAGGUUCUCCUGGGUCUCAGUUAGAUAUACCUAUGAAAAGUGGGAAGGUUGAUGACCCCAAACUGCUGAACAGCACAAACGAGAAACCCCGUGAUUCUGCUGAAAUAGAAACAGCAGUUGUGAAGCAUGUGCUUUCAGAACUGAAGGAGCUGUCGUAUAGGUCCAUGAAUGAUGAAGCUAAAGACUGUGGGCCAUCUAAGACCGCAGUGCCCUUACUCUUUUCAUCUGUCUCUGGGCAGAAUCAUUUGCCUAUUGAGCCUGAUUAUAAAUUCAGCACCUUAUUAAUGAUGUUGAAAGAUAUGCAUGAUAGUAAGACAAAAGAGAAACAGAUCAUGACUACUCAGAACAUAGUCUCUUAUACGAGUUCUCACAGCGAUGAUAGUUCUGGAAGUAAUACUCCGAGUGAUUUGACAUCUUUGCCUACAAUGGGAGCCACUUAUAAAUUAGAAAAAAAACAAGAUAGUGUUCAAGAACCAGAGUGUCAGAAACCCAAAGAAGGUCAGUCCUCUUUUUCACAUGGUAUCGCAACCAAGUUGAUCGAUCCCGGUGCUAACAAAAGGGAACUCACAAAUGCUAUUGUUUCUGGUACAAACUGCACCGCAAGGUGCAGCUGUCCAAAAUCUAAGCAGCUAUCUAAACUAGUAGCCAAUGCACCAUCAAAGAGCAAAUCACUAAAGCAGGUAUCCAGUUCAGCUGAGAGUGUGCCCCAUCAGCAUAGAGCUACCCAAGGCUCAGUUGCUAGUCCUCUAGACAAUGCAAAGGAAGAUAUUGCAAGGAAAGUAUCUUGGGAGUUGAUGGGACACUCCCCUGAUGAAGACUCUGCAAGUUCCUCUGAUGACAGUUUAGUUCGUAUAACAAUGAAGUCAGAAUCUGAUAAAAAGAGAGAGAGCUGCAACUCUUUUGAAAAUGGGGAGUGCCUAGAAUUGGAUUCAGGACUGAAUAGAGAAGGCUGCUUGGGUGAUGAGCCUAGAGAUGUAAGCCACGUAGCGCCCAAAAAGCGAUGGCAGCGUUUUAACCAAAGCAGUGCUAAAGCUGUUGCACAUUCAGAAAAGAAACGCCUUAGAAAGCCGAGUAAGCGGCUUCUGGAGUAUGCAGAAGAAUAUGAUCACAUAUUUGCACCUAAGAAAAAAAAGAGGAGUCAGGAACCAUUCCGGAAGGCAAGUUCUCUAGAGAAGUCUGAAAUCAAACAGGAUUGCAGCACUGGCAAGCAAGCUCAUAAUAAACAUCUAGAAAAGAAGCCUUUGGAUUCAGUUUCAUCUGCUUCUUCAUCUAAAGAGUCUCCGCCAGUUCUGGAAGCUGAGUGUUCUUUGUCAGAUGAACCUGAUUCCCAUUCCAUGGAACCAAGAUCUGAGAUGCCAGUUUUGACAUUGUCAUCACCAAAUGUGUUGGAAGUCGCUGCUGCUUCUCCUUUCCAGGGAGAGGAACCAUUAAUGAAAUCAGGGAGUUUUGAGAGCAAGCGCCAGAGGAAACCAACGAAAAAGCUCUUGGAAUCCAAUGAUUUGGAUACUGCAUUUAUACCAAAGAGAGAGUGGAUGUCCAUAAAGAAGUGUUCUGAGGCUGGUCCUUUGGACACUGAAAUGUCCGAGUUGUAUUCCACAUCUCAGCUUUUGGACGAUGGUGAAGCUCCUGAAAAGCUUCCUGGGAAACAAAGAAGGCGAAAGCGGCAGCGGCGCACUUUAGCUUCAGCUCCAUAUAAAAAGGAAAAGGGUGAAGGUGUACUGGGAGAAAACCUAAACUCUGAGGGAGGUAGGACUAAUCAUGGGACAACUGAAAGCCCCAAGGAGACUACUGAGGAAGGUUCUGAAAAUGACCAUGGAGUGCCUUCAUCCAAAAGGAUGCAGGGGGAGCGAGGAGGAGGAGCCGCCCUCAAGGAGAAUGUGUGUCAGAUCUGUGAAAAGCCUGGUGAAUUGUUGCUGUGUGAAGCUCAGUGCUGUGGAGCUUUCCACCUGCAGUGCCUCGGGCUCUCAGAAAUGCCAAAGGGCAAGUUUAUCUGCACUGAGUGUUCCACAGGGGUCCACACAUGUUUUGUAUGCAAGAGCAGUGGAGAAAAUGUAAAGCGGUGCUUGCUUCCUUUGUGUGGGAAAUAUUACCAUGAAGAGUGUAUACAGAAGUACCCUCCAACAGUGAUGCAGAACAAGGGCUUUCGAUGCUCGCUGCACAUCUGUAUGACUUGUCAUGCAGCCAACCCAGCAAAUGUCUCUGCAUCUAAAGGUCGCUUGAUGCGUUGUGUUCGAUGUCCUGUUGCAUACCACUCAAAUGAUUUCUGCCUCGCUGCUGGGACUGUGAUCCUUGCAUCCAACAGCAUGAUUUGCCCCAAUCAUUUUAGCCCUCGAAGGGGCUGCAGAAACCAUGAGCAUGUAAAUGUCAGCUGGUGCUUUGUUUGUUCAGAAGGUGGAAGCCUUUUGUGCUGUGAAUCAUGCCCUGCUGCCUUCCACAGGGAGUGUCUGAACAUUGACAUGCCAGAGGGGAGCUGGUACUGUAAUGACUGCAAAGCUGGCAAGAAACCACACUACAAGGAAGUGGUCUGGGUGAAAGUUGGGCGUUACAGGUGGUGGCCGGCUGAGAUUUGCCACCCGAGGACUAUCCCUGUCAACAUCCAGAAAAUGAAACAUGUCAUUGGUGAAUUUCCUGUGCUUUUUUUUGGAUCAAAUGAUUACCUUUGGACCCACCAGGCUCGAGUCUUUCCUUACAUGGAAGGAGAUGUGAGCAGCAAGGACAAGAUGGCAAAGGGAGUUGAUGGGAUUUACAAGAAGGCUCUGCAGGAAGCUGCUGUGAGAUUUGAAGAGCUAAAGGCACAGAAGGAACUGAGGCAGCUACAGGAAGACAAAAAGAAUGAUAAGAAGCCCCCUCCUUAUAAACAUAUCAAGGUGAACCGGCCCGUAGGCAAAGUGCAGAUCUUCACUGCAGACUUGUCUGAGAUACCUCGUUGCAACUGCAAGCCAGCUGAUGAAAACCCCUGUGGCCUAGACUCGGAGUGCAUUAAUCGCAUGCUGCUGUAUGAGUGUCACCCUGCAGUCUGCCCUGCUGGGGAGCGUUGCCAAAACCAGUGUUUUACCAAGAGACAGUAUCCCGAAGUAGAAAUCUUCCGCACUCUGGCAAGAGGCUGGGGCUUGCAAGCAAAAAGAGACAUUAAAAAGGGUGAAUUUGUGAAUGAAUAUGUGGGUGAACUUAUAGAUGAGGAGGAAUGCCGGGCCAGAAUUCGCUAUGCUCAGGAGCAUGAUAUCACCAACUUUUACAUGCUGACUUUGGACAAGGACCGAAUAAUUGAUGCUGGACCAAAGGGCAAUUAUGCUCGAUUUAUGAACCAUUGCUGCCAGCCAAAUUGUGAGACUCAGAAGUGGUCAGUGAAUGGAGAUACCCGGGUCGGCCUUUUUGCCCUUACAAAUAUCAAAGCAGGGACUGAGCUGACUUUCAACUAUAAUCUGGAGUGUUUGGGGAAUGGGAAGACAGUUUGCAAAUGUGGUGCUCCAAACUGCAGUGGAUUCCUUGGAGUAAGACCAAAGAACCAGCCACCUGCCUCAGAGGAGAAGUCUAAGAAGUUCAAGAGGCGGCAUGGGAAGCGCAAGUCACAAGCAGAGAUCAUGAAGGAGCGGGAGGACGAAUGUUUCAGCUGUGGGGAUGGCGGGCAGCUUGUUUCCUGUAAGAGGCCAGGCUGCCCAAAGGUGUACCAUGCUGACUGCCUCAAUCUGACCAGGCGUCCUGCAGGGAAAUGGGAAUGUCCUUGGCAUCAGUGUGAUGUGUGUAGCAAAGAAGCGGCUUCCUUCUGUGAGAUGUGUCCCAGAUCCUUCUGUAAGCAGCAUCGAGAAGGCAUGCUAUUCAUCUCUAAACUGGAUGGACGCCUGUCAUGCACGGAACAUGAUCCUUGUGGACCUAACCCUCUAGAGCCAGGAGAGAUUCGUGAGUAUGCGCCUUCCACAGAAUCAGCAGCUGGCUGCCAAAACACUCAGCCACCAGAUCAGCAGCCUGCGGCUACAGGCCCGAAAUCUCAGCCAUCAGAGAGGCUACCUCUGACUGUGGCUCUGAGGCUGCAACCCUCAGAUAAACCACCUUCCUCUUCAAUGGCUCUGAGAUUAAAGUCCUCAGACAAGCCACUGUCCUCUGUCGCACUGAAGCUACAAUCCUCAGAUAAAUCACCCUCCACAGUGGCACUGAGGCUACAACCAUCAGACAAACUACCCUCCACCCUGGCCCUGAGUUUAAAACCCUCAGACAAAUUGCCCUCCACCCUGGCCCUGAGGUUAAAGCCCUCAGACAAAUUAUCCUCAGCCCUUGCCCUUAGAUUGCAGUCAUCAGACAAGCCACUCUCAGCUGUGGCUCUUAGGCUACAUCCCUCAGAAAAAUCACCCUCCACUGUGGCCCUGAGGUUACAGCCCUCUGAAAAACUAGCUUCCGCUGUUGCCCAGAAGUUGCAACCCUCAGAAAAGCUAUCCUCCACUGUAGUUCAUGAGUUACAGCCAUCGGACAAGCCGAUCACAACAGAGGCACCAGGACCUCGGGACAAGCCACCUGCUGCAGAGACGUCGGGACCUCGGACAACAGACAAAAAUCCUGCAUUGAAAACACCAGGACCAGAGAGGUCAGACACAUCACCUUCUGCAGACAUACCCAGGUCUCAGAUGUUAGAUGAGCCACCUGCCACAGAGACAGCGAAGCUCCCGGUGUUGGAUAAGCCUGCAGAUCCUCAGCCACCGGAUAGGGUUGUUUUUGUUGGCUCAAUACCCCAGCCCUCAGGCAAGUCUGUUGCUCCACUGAGCCCAAGAUCUCAGUCAGUAGUCAAGCCAGUCACCUCCAUAGCCCUGAGGUCUAAUCCAUCAGAAAAGCCAGCCGCUCUGCUGGGCUCACAGCCUCAGACACCCAACAGACUUUCUACCCCUGGAGAUGUUCGGCCUGUGCCAUCAGACAAGGCUUCUACUACAACAGGCCUGAGAUCUCAGCUUCCUGCCCCUCUAAGCGCUAGGCCUUUGCUUUCAGAGAAAGCACUAAGGCCUGUUGACCAGAAUGCUCAGCCAAAAGAAAGAGGUUCUGUGACUGUGGAACAGAAUCCUCAGCAGAAAGAACGGACAUCUGUAUCUGAUGAGCAGUCUUGUAGGCCUACAGGGAAAUUUUCAGGAUAUGUGGGGCAAACAGCCUGCCCUCUAGAGAACUUGCAAAUGCGUGAACAGACCCCUUGGCAUAGUGUGAAAGGACUGCAAUCUGUGGAGCAAUCUCUUUGGACAGCUGAGAAACUGCAGCCUCCUGAGCGCAGUCUUUGUUCAGGCCAAGGAGCAUCAUCUACACCUUCCACAGAGCAGGCAUUUUGGCCAACAGAAAGACUGUGUGCAUUUGAACAACCCCCUUGGCCUGCAAGGGAAGCUCCACUGCCUUCUGGCCAAACUUCGUGGCUGCCUAGAAACAUUCAAACAUUGGAGCAGAUCUCUUGGCUCACUGGGAAAGCACAAACACCUAUGGGGCAGGACAUUUUGCCUUUAUCUGAACAAAAUGCGGUGCUAGUACUGAACCAGGACUCUCCUGGCCAUGAACCUACUGAGUCUAAACCUAAAUGAAGCCAGUUUGAGGCCAGACGGGUCAUCACUUUUGUUUUGUUUGUUUUUUAAUUGUAUGGGGAAGGGUAUUUUGUUUCUUGGGUUUUUUUUAAAAAGAAUCACUUCCCCAGAUCCUUAACCUUCAACAAUAUCCCACCCAACCUAUCCACGUACAUUUACCUAAAUCUGAAUGAUGCCCAGCCAAGGAGCAAGAAUGUAGAUGGUCUGUUCCUUCUUCAUUUUGCAAAUAAAGCUGAAAUAAAGGAAUCCACUGUGGAUAAAAUCUCUAAUUCCAUUGAAAUAAUCAAAUUAGUAAUCUUGCAUGUCUGAGUGACAGGCCUGCAUUAACGGUGUGUUUCCUAGAUUUAUCCCUACACAGUUCCAAAGAAGUAGUUUCAUUCCAUCUGUUCUCACUAGUUGCAAGCCAGUCAUUCUGUACUGGCACCUUAGAUUUCAAAAACGAUUGACUGAUGGAAUUCAGUUACUGGGAUAAGUGAAAGUAAAGGGACUUGACAGUUAUUCUCCCUAAAUUUCAUUCCCCAAAAUUUUGUUUUAGGAGUGUUUGUUUGGGAAUAUGCUGCCAGGGCACAACAAAUACAGGUGCUUUUUGAACAAAUGUUACUUGAAGUUAGUUGCUAGGCAGAACCGUUCACUCUUUUGUGAGCACCUGAAGCUCCCUCAUAGACCCUAUAAUUGGAGAUGGGGAUAAAAGAAAUGAGACACCAUCUACUAGCAUUCUUAUUUUUGGACUUUGAUAUCUAGCACGUGCAAUCAGAGGUCCCACUUAGGCAGAAUUUUGGCCACUAAGAGCAACAGCAAGUUAGAGAAACGAGUAAAUCUCUCUUCUGAAUUUUGUGGUGCAUCAUUGCUGUUACCUAACUUUUUUUUUCCAGUCCAGGCUCUUUGCAGCAACAUUUAUUUCUCAUUGUAGACAAAUGAAGCUAAUUUUGGCCUCCUUCACUACAAACAAGUGCUUAGAAAUCAUGUUUGCAUUGUUUACAGUAGUUAUAGCAGCUUUGGUGCAUUCCUCUGGCCAACACAUAUAGCCUGCUUCAGAGGGUGGAACAGAACUAAUAGCCCAUUUGAGAAUAAAUGUUUCCAGGACACAGAGAGGGUUUUUUUUAAUGUCAUCCUGAUUAGUCUCUGGCUUAAUGUAUAUCUCAUCUUACCAAACAAAAAAAAAAUACUGAAACAAAAACUUGAAUUGAACUGGGCUACACUAAAUAAUCUCUGCAUGUCAGAAACAGAGGUAGUUGAGGUCAUAGUUUUCACACUGGAACACAAAAGGCUCCAGCAUCUGACUGAGAUCUCUCUUUUCUUCAUCUCUGCUUUCCAGUCAGUGCAGCAUUUUUUUCCUGGCAUGUAGCCAGGCUGGUAUUAUGUAUAAAUCUGGUGGGGACAUUUAUUGCUACCCAACCAGACAGAAAUGCAGCUUGCUAUGGUACUUAUUAGGUAUCACUGUUGAAUUAUACUGGGGAUCAGAGAAGUUACUACUUCCUUGGUCUUGAAUAUGGCUAGGUUUCUGCUGAUCUUGGAUGUAGGCAAGACAAGCAGGCAUACUAUGCAGGCACUUCACGUGGUGGGUUCAUUUAGACAUUUUGACAUCUGGAAGCAUCUUGACCAUCACACAGACACACCUACCUUCCUGCUAACUUUUGCCUCCUUUAUAUUCCAUUGACCUGGGUAGCUAAAGUCACAUAGUCUGUCGUGCUCCAUCUUCAAGCAGCAAACUUGGCCAACUCCCAAUUUGUCCGUUACUAGAUUUCCUUCCCCCCCCCCCAAAAAAGUAGAAGUCCUAGUUUCUAUCUAACCCUGGUCCUCUCACCUUGGAACAUGCAUUGCUGGAGUAUUCAGGUCCUAUAUAAAAUUGCAAUACUACUGCAAUAGAUCCUAUACAGUGGCAGUUCAAAUUCUGACCCAAUGCUGGCAUUCCUCAAUGAUGGUACCUGCUGGGCACUGCGAAACAUUCCCUACACUGUUGUGCAUCUCAUCCUCUCCUCUGAAUCAUUUCACUCUCUCCAAGUACUGCUAGUGACUUUGCAAAGCAUUAAAGCUAAUGGAAUCUUGGUUCGUAAGGUUGGUUUUCUUGAAGACCUGCAGGCUGAGUGCUGCGUGUUGCUGAAAAUGGAGAAAUGCAAACACGUUUUGUUUCUGCAUGACUCCUGCACAAAGGGAAACAGGACAACUCUUCUGAAUGAGACAGAAACGAGAGGUCAAGGGCAUUUUACUAAAAAGUUUUUAACAUGAAAAGUUCACCUUUUUAAACAAGCCAAACCAAUCAUGAGGCUCGAUAUGUCAAAUAUUUCUCAUGUGUGGAAAUAAUAAUAAAGCUCUAAAUUUUACCUAUUUAGGCCUUUCUGUGAGCUGGACUUUGUCAUUUAGAUUGUGUGUUUAAGGCUUCCUUUGUGCCAGCCCCCCCAGCCAGCUUUACCUGUAACAAGAAAGAUACCUGCACUGCUUUGUCCAACCCUGUUCUUGCAAUGUCAUGUGUUUUUAACUAGCUAUUUGUUUCAUGGAAAAAAAAUAAACUGUGAAUAUUUUUGGUGGAGGCUGUUAUAAAUCUUUAAAACAGAAAAUUUCAUUUCGAAUUAAUUAUUCUACGUUCAGGUUCUAGGGAUUGAGUAUGUGACACUGCAGCAAAGGGGAUCUGUGUACCAGCAUAGUUUGAAUCUUUGGCUAGGAACUCUUGUUUGAAGUCGGUUGAAUUUUUGCAUGGCAUUUCAACCCUAUUGCCUGCUGUCUUGCUUUCUCUUUUCCCUCGAGAGCCUCUCUGUACAGAUUGAGUUUGCACCCUACUCCCUCUCUGAAUGACUUGUUUCAUAGAAACAAGAAGCUGAUCAAUUAAACUAAGCAUCUGAAGUAGAAAGUGUCAGGUGUAUGUGGAGUGUGUGUACCUGCAUGCCCACAACUUUAAUAUCGAUAGCACCUCUUCAAGUCUGGAAAUCAGUGUCUGGUUCAUUAUGGUAAGUUUAGAGGAACCACAAGGCAGUUUAGAGCAGUGUAACACAGAAACAGCACCUGGUCCUUUGUCAGCCCAGAGCAGGCGUUGUUUUCCCUGUGAAGUGGAAAGCUGAUCACUCACAUAAAGCAGAACAUUCCAUCAGGAAAGCACUGACCAAGCAGAGGCUGAAAGCUGUAGGACUCUGAAUGAUCCUGCAUGUGAAUAACUGGCCAAGAGGCUAGAAGAGUGCUGGAAGAGAAAUUUGACAUGAAUGUGCCCGUUACAUACCCUUUACCUAGACUGAAUUUACCUUUGCCAAGAGCUGUGAUGCCUGAACAAAAUCUCGCCUCUUAAAAUGGUUCAGGCAUGAUGUUCUAUUCUGCUGUUGCUUAUGUGAAACUUUGCUAGGGAUGUGAGCAUGGCAGAAAGCUUCUGGUGUGCAAAUCUUUCACACUCCCUAUCGUGUCUAUAUUUCAUACAGAAAAUGAGGUGCUAUGCUGCUGGGGUCUAGUGGGAUAUAGAGCUUUGCUCAUUUUGUGCUUGAAAGUCUGUGCCAAGAUAGGCCAGGUUAUGUAGCAAGAAAAGCUUGAAAACUGUGAUAUUUGGAUCAUGCAGAAAAGCAGAUUUGCAUAUAUUGCUUAUUUUACAACCGUUUCUGUUAAUCAUGGAGAGGGACAAAGAACGAAACCUUACUACAGAUUUGGCUCAGCAACUCUCCUCCACCCAUGGGUAUCUGAAUUUCAACUAGGAAUUGCCCCAUUUUUGCAACCUGGGGAGCUUUUUUAAUUGGAAGUUGAGAAGCUCAGGAUACUGCUGAAUCAAGGAAAAGGACCGUAGCUCAGUGGUAGGGCAUCAGGUCCUAAGUUUAAUCCCCAGCACUCGCCAAGUAGGGCUGGGAGAGAAUCCCUGUUUGAAACCCUAGAGAGCCACUGCCAGUCAGUGUAGACAGUACUGAACUACAUGGACCAAUGGUCUGACUUGAUAUAAGGUACACUUGCUCCAUGGGCUCAAAGAAUUAUAGAAUACAUGCAGCCCUGAAUAUAGUGGAGCUAGGUAGUUGUACUUGCACCCUUGACCAGUGAGAGGGAUUGCUUGAUGGAGCCCUAUAAAAUAUUCACAGGUUAAAUUCAAAUGACUUGCCAUUCACUGUACAGAAUGUUGCAGAUCAUUCUCCAGAAAGUAGGGGUUGUGCCUCCUGUGCUUCUUCCCACUGGAGAUUUAUCCCAAAAGUUAGGGCACAAGAGGGCUUAGAAAGUAAACAGGUGCCUUGAUCUGUUAAAAGGUGCUAAUGUUUAUUUUUGAGCAAAUUCAGGCAUUUGUAGCAGCUCAGCAGCAUAAAUCACAGUUCAGUGCACUCCUCAGUCCCUUUCACUUUAACCUGAAUGUUGUAGAGUUCCUUCCCUUUUCCAGCACUAGGGUUGUGGCCUGAAGAGUGUUUUCUUUAUAUUAAUAUAUCUGAAAACUCCCUGCCAGUGCAAUUGAAUAAUGUGCUGCUAACUGCACCUGCAAUGGUUCUUUUCUAGAAUGCAUCACCUUUUGCAUUAUCCUGUGGAUGCUAAACUGACCGCAAUUUAUUUGGUUUAGGGCAGAGUGAGGAAUAUGUGGCCCUCCAGAUGUUGGAUUAUGAUCCCCCAUCAUCGCUGACCAUUGCUUAUAUUGGUGGGGGCUGACAAACAUCUGGGGUUGGGGGUACACAUUUGCCACUUCUGGUUUAGGAUAAACACUUUGGAAUGGAGGAGCUGCGUUGGAGGCUUUUUUUAAUUGAUAUUGGAAAUUUGGGAUAGAAUUUAAACAUUUUGAAGCCCACAUGAUUUUUUUUACUGAAGCAGAAUAAAGCCUUUCCCUCUUUUCCUCAGAUCUACAUAGCUGAUAACAGCACUAUAUAACAAGAUUGUUCACCAAUGACAUUUUACAGUGUUGAUGAAUUCCUUCUCUGGGAUGCGGAGCGCUAGUGAUGCUGGAAAUGCGCUGUGACAUUUUUAACAAGCAGUGUGCACCCCUAAGUUUACACAUCCCUAUACCAUAUGUUUGCUUCACAUCUGAAAGCAAGAGAUUUCAGAGUACAUUUCUCAAGUAAUAACAGAAAAAGGAAAUUUGAAGUUGCAUUUUAUAAUGGCCAUGCUCUUGCCUCUUAUGCUCCCAAGCUCUGACUUUCUGGAAGAUUGGAUCAAUGUAUACAUACUGCACUCUCUCUGAGGCAGUAGUCUCUUGAAAGUGUGUACUUGCAUAGGGACAUGUGCAAAGGCAACCAACCCUUCUUGUGUUCUCUAUGUAAUCGGGUUCUGCACCUACCCAGAUUAACAUCUUGAAGACCUGUAAGCUUCACGAAGGCCUCUUCCCUUGAGUGGGCGCUAUGCAGAUGCUCCCUGGGAUGGGCAAGGGCCUUCCCUCCCAGUUCUCUUGAGCAGCAUCAUGGAGAAUAUACUUUUGCUGUCAACAAAGAGGAAGUUCCCCUUAAGCGUUUUCCCCUGAAAAUGCCCCUAUUGCCAUAUUUCAAUAAUAUACCAUGUGGUGCUUUUAAAUUAGUCAAGUCUGUAAUAGGCUGGAGAUAAGCUCUCUUUGCUAAUCAACUGGUUGUGUACUCCAGUGUCUGUUUAACAGGGUCUAGGCAGGGCUCAGGUUGGAGGGCUCUCCCUGCUCAUUUAGGUGAGGAGUGCCAUGAAAUGAAAGAGGAUGAGAGAGCACAGGUGAAGAAAUUGAGCAGUGAGUAGUUCUAACAUGAGCUGGAGGCAGGAGAUUACGUUUCUCCAAGUGAUCUGUAUUGCUUCACCCUCUUCCAGCAGCAUGCUGGUUGGUGACUGGAGCGUGCAUGCCUUAGAUGGGAGUUGUGACUGAGGAGCGCUGUUGCAGGUCUAGCUAAACAUCCUCUUCUGCAGUGACUCUCCAGUGCAUAGUUGCGGUGUUUCUGCCUGAGCCAUGAAAAAGCUGUUCUUUUCAGUGCAUAUAUUGGGGUUACCAACUAUCAAGAGUAAUGUCUUUUUACAGAGCUACCCAAUUCUCAUCUACAUUCUCUGCAGAGAGAUGGCAGGGGAAAUGUUUAACAAUACAUUUGAAGAAGAGGAAGAGUUUUCUACCAUGGAUUCUGAGUUUUCUCCCCUGACUCAUCUGUGUGUGUGAAAAUUAUGACAAUAGGGGGAAAAGUUGCCCUACCCAUAUGUUCCCAAAAUAUGUACUGUAAUUCUUUGUAUAUAAAAGAAAGCAAUUACUGUAAAGUAAAGUUUAACUUUACUCUUGA